UGUGGAUGCGGCGCUCGGGCACCGUGCACGACCACGGGGCUCGGAUGUGCUGUGUGACCGUGGUGCUCGGGGACGGUGCUCAGGCACACGUGGUGCUGGUCCGGGUGCACGGGCGUGGAGAGGGCGCUGGGCACGGUGCAUGGACGCGGUGCUUGGGCACGGUGCUCACACAGCAGGCACAGGCACGGUGCUUGGGCACAGAGCAUGGGCACGGUGCUCGGGCACAGAGCAUGGGCACGGUGCUCGGGCAGAGCGCCUGGCACGGCUGUGGUGCUCGGGCACUGUGCACCCCAUGGCACCCCCAUGGCACCCCCGUGGUGCUUGGGCCAGUGCACAGCACCCCUGACCCCACGGCACAGCCCCCCAGCACCGCCUGGCCGGGCCCUAAUCCUGGCACUGCCCCCUGCACCGUGCCAGCCCCACACCUCUGGUGCUGCUCAGCACCGCCAUCCCGGCUCCCAGCACCGCGUCCCGCACCACAAUCCCGGCUCCCAGCACCGCGUCCCGCACCACAGUCCCAGCUCCCAGCACCGCGAUCCCGGCUCCCAGCCCCGCGUCCAGCCCCGCGUCCAGCCCCGCGCUCCCGGGCUCAGCCCCACAUCCAGCCCCGAGCCACCCCCGCGCCCCCGCAGCUCCUCGCGCUCAUCCUCCCCCAUCCCGCUUCUGCCCGGCUCUUUCUUUUCCCCUUUUCCCCCCUUUUUUUUCCAUUUUUUGGGGUUUAUUGGUGCUACUUCCCCCCCCCCCCCCGGGCAGCAGCCCACCCGCGCCCCUCAAGGCAAAUACCUCAGCCCCCCCCAGCCCCCGCCAGCGAGUCCGGGGUGAAUCUUUCCGAAAUCAGGGAUCCUUUCGCAGCGGUGUUUCCUCCUCCUUCAUUUCCCCCUCUUUGUUUUUGCCCUCCUUUUCUCCCCCUCCCCUUUCCGCCCGGGUUUUUCCUCAGUUCUCCGCAUCCUUCAGGGAUUUACAAACCGCCGGAAUUUCAGCCUCAUUUUAAUUUCGGGAGCGAGGAGGUUUUGGGGUGGUUUUUUUGUUGGUGUUUUUGUUUUUUUUGUUUUUUUUUGUGUUUUUUUUUGCCGGUGGUUUUUUUCCGCACCGCGGCGCGAAGGAAAAAAAGAGGCGAUAAUUCCAAAUUAAAAACCAGGCGCCGUUUCUUCUCAGAUUCGGGAAUUCGGUCGGAGGCGGGGGGGGGGUAUUUUGGCGUUUUUGUUGGGCUUUUUUUUUUUUUUUUGGGAUAAUCGAGGAGGGGAGGUGGGACGGCGGCAGGUGGAGGGAGGAGACAUCGCACGGGUGUCCCGGCGGCUCCGAAAAAUCACACUUGAAGAUUUCUUGGUCGGCUCGGGACUGUGGUUACUUGAAAUGAAGUUUUUUUCCGGGGCGGAUCGAGGACCGGUAGAUUUUUUUCCCAUGUCUCAAGGCAAUAGGAUUAAUGUGUAUUAAACUGUAGAUACUUCUAGGACAGUAAAUUUAUGCUGAUAAUUUUAUUUUGUAUAAUUUUCCCGUCUUUCUUCCCCCCCCCCCCUUCUUUGUGUUGUUUUAUUUCCCCUUAACCCCCUUUUCUUUCCCCCAGUGUGUCGGUAAAUUUAUUUUUUAGGAUGCCUAAAAAUUGCAAGUUUGGAUCCUCCCCCUCCCUCCCCCCCUGGUUUUGGUUUUCUUUUUUUUGUUUGUUUAUUUUUUGUUCUGUUGUUGUUUUCUGUUCUUUUUUUUUUUUUAAUUUGUAUUUUAUUCUGAGUUGGCGCGGCCGUGGGGCCGUGGGCUGUAUUAUUCCUGAUAUCUUUAAAAUAUUGUGGGUGUUUUAAUAAAUUUUAUAUUUAUUUUUUGCACUCAA